CGCUCCCAAAACCAUUGACCAGCAAUGCAGGUGCUGCAGACCAUUAUUCAAGCGCACCUCCUUCGGUUCUCUCGUCCAACUGGCCAGGACCAUCGAUGACCAGCAUGGACCGCUCUCGAUUUCCCCCUCACCCUUUGUCACCUCCCCUUGGGUACAACACGGCAAGUAGUAUCGGAGGACUACUCACCAGACCUGUGGUGGACAGGUUGAGUCAUUCUUAUCACUCGUCAGGACAGCCCAUAAGCUCUGGAUUAUUCCAACAUGCACAGUCUAACAGAUAUUCACCUGCUGGCUAUCAUCGCAGCGGCAUCAGCCAGACUUUCUCAAUGGGUGAGCCCUCAUAUGCCAGCCACAACGUUGGCGUUCCUUUCCCCGAGGUAUCACCGGGAAACAGAAUUGAAGGUCCAGCCUUUGGUGACACCACUGUUUUGCACAAUAUUCUCGGUGGCCAUAGCCAUCAUUUGUUGCCCGAGAUAUCUGCUAGCAUCCAGAAAGGAUUCUUUCAGGUGGAAAGGAAAUGGACUUGCUACCGUCGCAAUUACUUCACCGUUCACUGCUCCUUUGCCCUGAAAGGACAAUUCGCAGAAGGGCCGUACUACCUUGAAAAGCUGUCACAACGAGAGUUGAUUCAUCAAUUUGCCGUUUCGAUCUCGGCAAGAACAGCUGCACAGAGCAAUGGGGAGAGUGAAGCGCGAGGCCUGGUUCAACAUACGCCCAAACGAGAUAAAGCAACAGAAUCUGUUCCAGGCCGUCAUCCGGUCUCUCCAUCAGUACAUGCGUCCAUGUCCUCAGGCGGUUUGUAUCCGGGAACAGGCUCCAUGUAUCCAAGCUCAUCUCAGAUCACUUCUUCUGUUCUGGGCCCAUAUGGAGGUUAUGAUUCCAGUUCGAAUGGACCUCCUGCCAAUCAUACCUUUGAAAGAAUCCAGUUCCAGAGGGCAACGGCCAACAACGGAAAGCGUCGCGCCCAACAACAGUAUUUCCAGGUCGUGGUUGAACUGUCUGCCGAUAUUGGCCGAACGUCCGGAACCGAGGACUGGGUGCUCAUCGCCACCAGAGAAUCUGAGCCGGUUGUAGUGCGCGGGCGCUCGCCUGGCCACUACAAAGACACUCAACGGCGAGAUAGUCAGACGAGCAUGGACCCCGACCGUGGCAACGGGUCCGGAGACAGCUCUCAGUCCUCGAUCCCGGUACAUCACUAUGGACAUCAUUCUAGUACGGAUUGGCAUCAAAACAGCCACCGACAUGGCGCAAGCGACUCUUAUGGGAACAGAGGAUAUCGACAAGCUGCAAAGGCAGUUUAUUCACCCACUCACGAGGCAUCUCCAAGCGACAUGAUUACGAGCCUCACAGAAGCCGAGCUUGUUCUUUCUGAUUCUCACACAGCCAAGUCAUCUGGCACCUUCUCAUCAGAACACUCUGCCUUGACUCCACUCUCUGACGCUAGUGAUGGCAUCCUGUUCAACAUGAAUCACACAGAUGCCAGCCGCAAGAGAAGUUAUGAAGAGGAUGAAGACGAUGCAGAAAAGGAAGACUAUUUGCGGUAUCAGCAUGGCGCUCAGUUCGCGGACAACACUGCUGGCCUCACCGAUCUCUCAUUGAUGUCAUACUCGAAACUUUUAUGCGCCUCAUCCUGACAAGCUUUCCAUGGUUCCCACUACUCGCCCUGAGCGACAAGACCAAUUCAAGGUUCAAGGCCUAAAUUGGGAGUCAUUGUCAGAUACGUGAAAGCAGUACUGAAGUCAUCUCUUUCAAUUUAACUACCCCCGUGAU